AUGGCAAACCCGAGAAAGCAAGGAGAACAGAAGAAGGAGGAGAAAAAGCCCGGCGACCAACAGCAGAAGCCAGGUGUGUCUAAGCCGAAGCCGAAACCCACCCCUUAUUCAACUAUCCUGAAGGCCUUAGGACUUAUGGAUUCAAAAUCUCCAACUAUCAGCGAUGAAGUAUACGGCCUGCUUCAUAAAGUCUGUCAAAAUCACAAGCCUUGUUCAGGCACCCCUACCGGGGACCAUUGUGUCCAACUCAUUGGCAUGCAAAAUCGUAUUACCAAACACGAUCUGUUCCACAAGAAGAAGGUGAUGCCAGCCUUGAGGAAACUUGACGUUGUCUGGCGCAACUAUUCGCACCGCCACCCUGCAGAAGCUCAACAAGUUGAAGAGGAGCUUAUGGAAUUGGAUAACCAAGAGCCUGAAGACCAGCCCGGCGCCUCCAAUGUAAAGGACAACCCCUCCAAGGACAAGAAGGCCAAGUCGAAGAAGUCAAGUGCAGAGGAAGAUCAAGCUAAGUAA